GGCAAUCUCACAUCCAUCCCCAAACAACACCCAAUCCACAAAGAUGAGUAGAUAACUCAUCCGUUAUCGCCAGGUCCCAAUCUCACUGGGAAAACAAUGUACCUCACAUCCUCACUCAAUUCGCUCACUCUCUCCACCCCUUUCCUCAAUGGCACAACCCCUCUCUCUCACUUGUCAGAACCCACUUCCUCUCUGUCCCUUCAACCUCCUAAGCCCUUCACUUUUCUCCCUCCAAUCAGAGCCAUGAGGUCAAUGCAAGGCAGAGUGGUUUGUGCAACCAAUGACAAGACGGUGUCUGUUGAGGUAACCCGGUUGGCCCCGCAUCCCAAGUACAAGAGACGGGUGAGGAAGAAGAAGAAGUUUCAGGCUCAUGACCCUGAGAACCAGUUCAAGGUUGGCGACCUUGUCCAGCUUGAAAAGAGCAGACCCAUUAGCAAGACCAAGGCUUUUAUUGCUGUGCCAGUACCGCCUAGGAAGAAGAAGGAAACGAAAGGGAAUGAAGAGGGAGCGGCGCCUCAGGAGCUUGGAAUUCCACUGGAGUCUCAAGAAGAACAGAAAGCUUAACAUGAUUCCUAUGGUGAUCCAGAGGGGCGUUUUCUGCACUUGACAAGGGAGGCAUCAAUAUUAUCUUCUGCUUUAUCAAUGGAAACAUCAACAACUGCCCAUUUCUCUGCACUUAGUUGCUUGCAAUAUCGGACAAAAUAUAUUUCUCUGGUGGGCACCAUUGGUGUGAGCAUUUGUACCUCUGCAAACAUCUGCAACCAAUUUAUUUUGAAAAACACAUCAGUACAUUAAAUGACUAUUAUAAUUUAUCUUAGACACUGUUCUUU